AGGCAUUUCACCCUGCGGGUCUGCAGUCUUUGCUCUUCAGACUGUUGCUUGGUUGAAAUGCUUCUGCGGGACUGAUCCUGAGGUUGUGUAGAUAUUUCUCAAGGGCCUGCUCGUUUGAGGAUAUCAGCGGCAUUUUGCAAGAUCAUCUGAGGAACAGGAAAGCGUCUGAAAUCAACUGAAAAGGAUAACUGUAGCGGUUUUCACCAGGGGGAGGAAACUAUAUUGGCACAGAGGCAGAUGAUUGAAUAAAGUAGUUGGCUCCGAGAAGAUGCACAGUCUGCUGUUUUUUCCUCUGAAUGAAGACUGUCUAAUGGAAGCUGUAUUCAUGUAGAGAUCAAAGAAAAUAUUAGAGUGAUAAACUGCUUUCUUCUCUUUUUAAAAUGAAAACCCUGAAGCAGUAGCUGGAGCUCAAAGGUCUUCUGAUCCUUUUGCUGUCUGCUUGUUCCAUUAGGAUUCUCCUCUGACACCAUUUCUGCCCGGUGCUGUGCAUUUUUACCGGGCUGCCAGAAACAACUGCCUGAUGGAGAAAGAAUGGAAGCUUUGCCUUGCUUCUGUUACUGACGGGAUAAAGCUAUCUGUGUUUCGUCUAUUAUUGGGAAGUCUGGACUAAUCAACUUGUAUUCUCGUACCAGUAGUCCUAUUGUCUCCUGUUAUCUGACUCAUCACAUGUAAAUGUGCUGCAGCUUUGCUGUUAGUGCAGAGUGGUGGUUGGUUUUUGUUUGUUUUGUUUUUUCUUUUUCUCUUUCUAAACAUAGAAAGAUUUGUUAACCCCUGAGCUUCAUUUUCAGGAUUUGUGCUAAAUUCUUUCUUUUUGUUCGUUUGUUUUCUGGAUGAUAUUUGUACUAAAUCCAGUGAAGCUGAAAAAAUGAAGAUAAAUUAGAAGUGGAAACAGAAUAGUGAGAUUUUGGUUUUUAAUUUUCAGCUAGAGGCCACCCAGCGUACUUGUAACUUAUAUGACCUUGCAGACUAGAGUGGGAAUAUCUGUGACCACCUCUGUCAUAGUAGUUGUUUGUAAUUUCAUUCUUUAUGGUGUGGUGGUGUGUCACCCAAAACUGAUUGUUGUGUACAAGUAAAUUUCAGAGCUCAAUGUAACUAUUUUGAUGGAAGAAAAUAUUUUUAAAAGAACUAAUCCUACAGUUGUAAUUAUUGACACAUUGAUGUGAAACUUUUUAUAGUUUGCAGUAACCUGGCAGAAGUAGGUUUUUAUUUUUAGGAAGUUAUGUAUCAUAAUUUUAAACUUCAAUCUCUCUAAUAUUACUUACGAUAAAGCCAGCUGCACUGUUCAGAGAAUGUUUAUAAGUGGUGUACAGAAGAGGAGGAGGAACUGCUUGUGCUCUUCCCACUGUGACUUCUAUCACAUAGUCUGGAGUUUAAUGUUUUAAAAGAGCGAAUGAGUCGAGUGUGUAUUGUUGUUUUGGAGGAGGUAGAAGAUGAUUCUCCUAUAUUCAUUUCUAAGUUGCCCCAGGAAAGUGAGUCUCUACAGUCUCCACCUUCUGGAAAUGUGUUGCCGUCACUGGUGCAAGCUAUAUUUAAUGGUGAUCCAGAUGAAGUUCGAGCACUAAUAUUUAAGAAAGAAGAUGUUAACUUUCAGGACAAUGAGAAAAGAACUCCUUUACAUGCUGCUGCCUACCUUGGAGAUGCAGAAAUCAUCGAACUGCUUAUUUUAUCUGGAGCUAGAGUUAAUGCCAAAGACAGCAAAUGGUUGACACCUUUACACAGAGCAGUUGCAUCUUGUAGUGAGGAAGCAGUUCAGAUACUUUUGAAGCAUUCUGCUGAUGUUAAUGCUCGAGAUAAAAAUUGGCAGACCCCUUUGCACAUAGCUGCUGCUAAUAAAGCUGUAAAAUGUGCUGAAUCCUUGGUACCUCUUCUAAGUAAUGUGAACGUGUCGGACCGAGCAGGAAGAACUGCAUUACAUCAUGCAGCUUUCAGUGGGCAUGGUGAGAUGGUCAAACUACUCUUGUCCAGAGGUGCCAAUAUUAAUGCUUUUGACAAGAAAGAUAGACGUGCAAUCCAUUGGGCAGCAUAUAUGGGUCACAUCGAAGUAGUGAAAUUACUUGUCUCUCAUGGAGCUGAAGUGACGUGCAAGGACAAGAAGUCUUACACACCUCUUCACGCAGCAGCCUCUAGUGGGAUGAUCAGUGUAGUCAAGUACCUUCUAGAUCUUGGAGUUGAUAUGAAUGAAGCAAACGCCUAUGGAAACACACCUCUCCAUGUGGCCUGUUACAAUGGACAAGACGUUGUCGUGAACGAGCUCAUAGACUGUGGUGCUAACGUAAAUCAGAAGAAUGAGAAAGGGUUCACUCCUUUGCACUUCGCUGCUGCGUCAACACACGGAGCACUGUGUUUAGAACUUCUGGUUGGCAAUGGGGCUGAUGUCAAUAUGAAGAGUAAAGAUGGGAAAACCCCAUUACACAUGACUGCCCUCCACGGUAGAUUCUCCAGAUCACAGACCAUUAUCCAGAGUGGAGCUGUAAUUGACUGUGAAGAUAAGAAUGGAAAUACCCCUUUGCAUAUAGCAGCCCGGUAUGGCCAUGAGCUGCUAAUCAACACUCUUAUUACAAGUGGUGCUGACACUGCAAAGCGUGGCAUACAUGGAAUGUUCCCACUACAUCUGGCAGCCUUAAGUGGUUUUUCAGAUUGCUGCAGGAAACUCCUUUCUUCAGGGUUUGACAUAGAUACCCCAGAUGAUUUUGGCAGGACCUGUCUACAUGCAGCUGCAGCUGGAGGAAAUUUGGAGUGCCUAAACCUUCUGCUGAAUACUGGUGCAGACUUCAACAAAAAGGACAAAUUUGGGAGAUCUCCACUGCACUAUGCUGCCGCCAACUGCAAUUACCAGUGCCUGUUUGCUCUUGUGGGGUCAGGGGCAAGCGUCAACGACCUUGACGAAAGAGGCUGCACACCCCUGCACUAUGCGGCUACGUCAGACACAGAUGGCAAGUGCCUGGAAUACUUACUAAGAAAUGAUGCAAAUCCUGGGAUCCGUGACAAGCAAGGAUACAAUGCAGUUCAUUACUCAGCUGCCUAUGGUCACCGUCUGUGUCUUCAGCUGAUUGCAAGUGAAACUCCUUUAGAUGUUUUAAUGGAAACCUCGGGAACAGACAUGUUGAGUGAUUCAGAUAAUAGAGCAACCAUAAGCCCUUUACAUUUGGCUGCUUAUCAUGGUCAUCACCAAGCCCUGGAAGUGUUGGUACAGUCUUUGUUAGAUCUUGAUGUAAGAAAUAGUAGUGGUAGAACACCCUUAGAUCUUGCAGCAUUUAAGGGCCAUGUUGAGUGUGUGGAUGUACUCAUUAAUCAGGGAGCUUCAAUCCUCGUAAAAGAUUACGUUUUGAAGAGAACACCUAUUCAUGCAGCAGCAACAAACGGUCACUCAGAAUGCUUGCGGUUAUUAAUAGGAAAUGCAGAACCACAGAAUGCAGUAGAUAUUCAAGACGGAAAUGGACAGACACCUCUUAUGCUGUCUGUUCUCAAUGGGCACACGGACUGUGUGUAUUCACUGCUGAACAAAGGAGCAAAUGUAGAUGCCAAAGAUAAGUGGGGAAGGACAGCAUUACAUAGAGGGGCAGUUACAGGCCAUGAAGAAUGUGUAGAUGCAUUACUCCAACAUGGUGCUAAGUGCUUACUACGAGACAGCAGGGGUCGGACACCUAUACACCUGUCAGCUGCCUGUGGACACAUUGGAGUUCUCGGAGCCCUUUUGCAGUCAGCAGCAUCUAUGGAUGCAAAUCCAGCCAUAGUAGACAAUCAUGGGUAUACAGCACUUCACUGGGCUUGCUACAAUGGUCAUGAAACAUGUGUGGAACUACUUUUAGAACAGGAUUUUUUCCAGAAAAUAGAUGGAAAUGCUUUCAGUCCAUUGCACUGUGCUGUGAUCAAUGACAGUGAAGGUGCUGCUGAGAUGCUGAUCGAUACCUUAGGAGCCAGCAUUGUGAACGCCACAGAUUCAAAGGGAAGAACUCCUCUCCACGCUGCUGCCUUCACAGACCAUGUAGAGUGUUUACAGCUGCUGCUCAGCCAUAAUGCUCAAGUCAAUUCUGUGGACUCUACAGGAAAAACACCUUUAAUGAUGGCUGCAGAGAAUGGACAAACCAAUACAGUUGAGAUGCUGGUGAGCAGUGCUAGUGCAGAUCUGACUUUACAAGAUAAGAGUAAAAACACCGCCCUUCACCUGGCUUGUGGCAAGGGUCAUGAAACUAGUGCCUUGUUAAUACUGGAAAAGAUAACAGAUAGAAACCUCAUCAAUGCAACCAACGCAGCCUUGCAAACACCUCUGCAUGUUGCUGCCCGAAAUGGGCUAACAAUGGUUGUUCAAGAGCUUCUGGGAAAAGGAGCAAGUGUACUUGCUGUUGAUGAAAAUGGCUAUACCCCAGCUUUGGCCUGUGCUCCCAAUAAGGAUGUGGCUGACUGCCUGGCUCUCAUUUUGGCCACCAUGAUGCCUGUCUCAUCGAGUAGCCCACUGUCAUCCCUGACGUUCAAUGCCAUUAACCGUUAUACCAACACCUCAAAAACAGUUAGCUUUGAAGCCUUGCCUAUCAUGAGGAAUGAACCUAGCUCCUAUUGCAGCUUCAACAGCAUUGGUGGGGAGCAGGAGUACUUGUACACUGAUGCGGACGAGCUCAACGACUCCGACUCUGAGACCUACUGAA